AUGCCUUGUUUCCACCCGUUGCAUCGUCACACUCGACGCUACCGUGGAUUUACUGCUCUUCGAUCCGUCCCCUCACCGCUUUGUCUCUCACCCCUUCCAGCUACCUCGGAGUGGAUUCAGUUCUUCAAGGAAGCGGGGAUCCCCCCGGGCCCGGCCGUCAACUACGCGGUGACGUUCGUGGACAACAGGAUCCAGAAGAACAUGCUGCUGGACCUGAACAAGGAGAUCAUGAAUGAGCUGGGCAUCACUGUCGUGGGGGAUGUCAUUGCCAUCCUCAAGCAUGCCAAGGUGGUUUACCGGCAGGAGGUGUGCAAGGCCGCGACGGAGACCCUGGGCUCCACCCCGCCCAGCAUGCAGUCGGAGUUGCGCCGGAGCGCCAACAGCGCUGCCACUCGAAUGAUUGCGAACAGCUUAAGCAGGGAUUCACCGCCUUUGACCCCUGUGCGACGCCCUGACACCGCCGGCACGUCCAAGAUCUCUGUGACCGUGUCCAACAAGCUGGCAGUGAAGAACAACGCCAAAGCAGUCUCAUGUGAAGCCGCAGCUGAGAGCCCAGCCGUCCCGGUGAAGAGGCGAUGCGUCACGGCCGAGAUGGAGGGGAAAUAUGUCAUCAGCAUGCCCAAGGGCACCACACCGCGGACAAAGAAGAUUCUGGAGCAGCAGGCGGCCAAAGGGCUCCAGCGAACGUCCGUGUUUGACCGGCUGGGGGCCGAGAUGAAGGCAGACACCACUACAGGAAGCAAGCCCACUGGGGUGUUCAGCCGGCUGGGGGACACACUGGAGGCAGACAAGACCAAGGCGGGCGAGAGCGACGAUGACUGCUCCGUGCUGCAAUACGCCGGUGUCCUCAAGAAGCGCGCCAAGCCCCUCCGCAAGGAGAGCACCAAGCCGGGCAUCACGGUCAAAGCCAAGGCCACCAGCUCAAAGCCCAAACCGGCCGUGACCACCAUCCGGCGCCUGGGAGGCAAGAGCACUGGCACCACAGCAGCCAAAGAGAGGAAGCCCGAGGUGGGCUCCAAAGGUGGCAUGGCCCAGAGACUCGGGACGGCCCCACCGGCCGCGGCCCAGGACAGCAGCAUCACCAGCACCCGGAGCAGGCCCGAGCCGGCGUUCCGGGUCACUAUAAAGAGGACUGUGGGCAGCACCAAGGUUGUUUCUUGUCUCUAGGACGUUGCGCCGCGAGGACUCCGUAAGGAGCCAUUACAGAGCGGGGACGCGGUGCCGGCGCUCUCGAGCAUGAGGGUAAUCUCGGGCCGGUCCCCUGUAGCGCUAGCGUUUCUAGUCCCUGCGCGUAGGUAGCUCGGCUCCUGAUAGCUGCCGCCGCUGGGUGCAAACAGCUGCCAGGAGGCGGCACGGAUCCUCCACCUUCUGCGCACAGCUCUGCACUGCCUAGAGCAGGCCAGAAGGAUGUGGAUCCUGGACGCUUCUGUGUCCGUUCGAGCAGUGUUUUGUUUGCUGAUGACAGUGGGGCCCAGUUCAGUCCUCCGGAGCCGUUUGCACGGCAGUAGCUUUCGCUUUGUUUUGAGCGCAUUGUUUUCCCACCUCCCCCAUGGCCAGAUCUCAGGCAAACGGGAGUUCAGCCCCUGUCCAUUCUCUGGGGAAAAGCAUCAGCCCCCGGGACCGGGGGGGGCUAAUUCUUAGUAGCACCAACAUCGAAAGAGGAGGGAGGUUCAGCUGCACACCUACAGAUGCAGUCUCAGCUCCUGGCUUCGGCCCCUUCCCACUCCCCUGGCCCCAGGAGGUGGCGGCACCACUCUCGCUGCAGCUGCAUCGUGGGUGCCAAGUGCAUGGUGCCUGGAACACCAUGGCACGGUGGCGGGAGCCGGCAGAGCUGGGCCUGCCCGUUCAGUGUUCGGUGCGCCAGCUCCAACGACUCCCUGCUAGCACCAGUCCCAGGGCAGAGGGGAAGGGGAUGCCGUCUGCAAUGGGCACAGAGCGGUGAGUGCAGUCACUUCAUUAAGAGACCUUCUUCCCUGGCAAGGGCAGAAUGGAGAACAGCUGGGAGAGCAGCUGCACGGGUCCAAACCGCUCCACCCUCGGUGCCAGAGAGAACGUGGCCAGUACAAUGGCUCUGGCAAGGGCAGUGGGCGCUUCUCCCCGUAGCUCAGUGCGGGGUCCAGCCCUGUCCUAGAGCCGGCGCUGGGGGUGUAAUGUCCCCAGGGGUUACUGCAGCUGGGCCAGCCGUCCACCACAGCAAUGUUUGCACCCGUUCUUAUCGUCUCCAUUUAUUAAGCCAAACCCCUGAAGCCUCUUCCUCAGCCAAACUGCCAGGAGCAAUCCAGACCGGUUCUUUUUCUGCUGUGGGCUUGUUCCCUCUGUUCGCGUUUGCUGACCUGUCUUUCCAUGGCGGCUCCUAGGGCGAAAUGCAUUGGUUCUGCUCAGUUUCCUCAUGCAACGCCACAUCUGAGUACUGGUUUUGGGCUUUAAUCCUGUGAAAACACGACGGGGAAAGGCAGGGAAGCCUUCUGGAACGAUCCUCCUGGCUCGUUUCUGUGGGCUGCUAGUGUUGCACCUGGCAAGGGAAGUCUUUUUUUUUUUCCCUGAAAGCCAAGUCCGUUUUCUAUUUUUUGUGAGUUUUCUUACUGCUUUUGGAGGGAGGGGCCGGUGUUGCUGGGUUUUUUAGACUGUUAAACAACCCUUUCCUACCCGAAGGAAAUCUGCGCGGGCUGCCGCCUGUCACGGAGUAGGGGAAGAAGGGGGUCGUGUGAUGUUCUCGUGGCACCUCCCAUGUUUGUUAACAACGCCACGUGCUCUUUGCAAUAAAGCGUGGAAAUGACCGUUCUCUCUUGCCCCUCCUGGCUCCCGUGUCUCGCCGCCCAGGAUGCGCCGGGGAGCUCCAGAGACGUAGGUGGUGCAGGGAGGCUGCAAGCUCAGAAGGGCUUUCCCCAAGUGGGUGUUGGACCCGUUUCAGGCCCGCUGAGACUCGGGGAGCAGCAAACCUAGACCCAGUCUGGAACGCCAGACUCCUGCUCUAACUUCUAGACGGAGCCGCCUCUCCCACCCUGCUACGGAUUAGGCCUUUAACCCCUUGCGCAGCAGGCCAGGCACUUUUGCCUUCCCUUGAAGGGUUGCAGGCUCCUGGCUGCUCUGAGUUUACGGCCGGGACCUGGCUGCCGGCCGGCGCGUGCUCCGGCAGAGGAA